GGCAGCAGCUCGAUGAGCAGCAUUUAAGCGAGGAACGUUCGUUUGUAAAUUUGGUUUCCUCUAGUAAAAUCGAUCAGCAAGUCAAGCCUAUAAGUGAGAAAAAAGGUCAAACGAAUUUCAAAGCACGUGAUAAGAAGUUAUUCGAUGACCGUAAUUUUCACCUGUCGAGUUUCACUUCUAACCUGAAUUCGUCAGUGGGUCUGUAUCUAGCAGUAAGUAAUGUAGCAGUGUCUGUCCUCAAAGCACACAUUUUCUUCGUAGCAAGUUGUCGACUCAAAACUACGAAUGAAAUUUUCAAAAAUACUACCUGCUAAAUUCUUAUCGUUUCAAGACUAUCAUUACAGUCAAGUGUCAAGAAAACAUUACAUAAAGGUAACGAUAUUUGGGGAACGAGUUUAAUGCAUAUUCUACGGUCAACCGGCAUCACGUACAUUUUCGAGUACGAGAAAAAUAUACGUUUCCUGUAUACUAUCAUGAGUAUAGGACUUUAAGGAUUACUUCAGAAAAAUUAUAUGUACAGAAAUAUUUAUAUAAACUACAAAGUAUAUUACAACAUCCGACAAAAUCGAUCGAUUAAAGUCAAAUAUCAUGUGGCCAAAAGACGUUGGUAUCAAAGCGAUAGAAAUAUACUUUCCUGCUCAAUAUGUUGAGCAAACAGAGUUGGAACAAUUUGAUGGUGUAUCUGCUGGGAAAUACACUAUUGGUUUAGGUCAGUGUAGGAUGGGUUUCUGCAAUGACCGUGAAGACAUUAACUCUUUGUGCUUAACAGUUGUGCAUCGAUUAAUGGAUAGGUAUGAAAUAAAACCGCAAGAUAUUGGACGAUUAGAAGUUGGAACCGAAACCAUAUUAGACAAGAGCAAAUCAGUUAAAUCUAUUCUUAUGCAGUUGUUUGAACCAUAUGAUUGUACAGACAUUGAAGGAGCUGAUACGACCAAUGCCUGUUAUGGAGGCACAGCUGCUCUUUUAAAUGCUAUAUCUUGGGUAGAAAGCAGUGCCUGGGAUGGCAGACUGGCCUUAGUCGUCGCAGGUGAUAAUGCUGUAUAUUCUUCUGGAAGUGCUAGACCAACUGGAGGCGCUGGAGCUGUGGCAAUGUUAAUUGGUCCAAAUGCACCUUUAAUAAUUGAUCGUGGAGUAAGAUCAUCAUGCAUGAGACAUGCGUAUGAUUUUUACAAGCCAAAUUUAAAGUCUGAAUAUCCUAUUGUAGAUGGAAAAUUAUCGGUUCAGUGUUAUCUUAAUGCAUUAGAUACUUGUUAUCAGACUUACUGUAAAAAGAUGAGGAACAAGCACAAUCACAAUGUGACUCUAGAUAGCUUUAAUGCAUUUUUAUUUCAUUCUCCAUACUGUAAAUUAGUACAAAAGUCAUUUGCCAGACUAGCUUUUAUUGAUUUCUUAAACAUAUCUAAGGAGGAAGUAUUUAAAAAACAUCCAGAAUUAGCGCAAUUUCAUGAUGUUAAAUUAGAAGACACUUAUUUUAAUAGAGAUAUUGAGAAAUCAUUUAUGAAUUUGAGUAAGCCAAAUUUUCAGCAGAAAACACAGCCUUCUUUAAUGAUAGCAAAUCAAGUAGGAAAUAUGUAUACUCCAUCUGUAUACACUGGAUUGGCCUCCUUGCUAAUUAGUAAACCUAUAAAAGAAUUAGCAGGCUCUAAGGUGGGAGUAUUUUCAUAUGGUUCAGGACUUUGUUCUACUAUGUAUUCAUUAACAAUAACAAACGAAUGUAAUGAAAAAUCAAAUUUAAUGAAAAUUAUCUCUUCGCUCUCUUAUAUUAAAGAAGAACUUGAUGCUCGUCAAAAGGUUUCCCCAGAAGCUUAUACAAAGGAAUUAGAAUGGCGUGAACAGAAUUGUCAUACUGUACCAUUUACUCCUCAUAGUACCACUAAAAAUAUGUUUCCUGGAGCCUAUUAUCUUGUACAAGUGGAUGAGAAACAUAGAAGGACUUACAAUAGAGCGUGAAGUUUUUGUUAUUCGUUAAAUAAGCUAUUUGGGGCUUUUGUAUCAAUUAUCAAAUCAAAAUCAUGGUGAUGUAUGAUUAUGUAUAUAAUUUAAAAAAUAAAUUAGUUAAUAACUGGGAUAAAAUAUUUUUACCAAAUAAAAAUAUUCUUAAUGCGACUUUCAUAUGCUAUUUUGUGUGCUAUGCACUUUUGAUUUUUAAAUCUAUUUAUAAAUAUUAAAAAUGUAUUAAUACAAAUUAUAUAAUAGAUAUAUCAAUUACUUUCACAAAUAUACCACUGUUUAUACAUAUAUUUAUUUAUCAUGUACAGUUUUUAAUAUAUCUAUUGUAUAUGCUCUAUAUUCUUUUUAAUUAGUAAGAAAGCUACAAUUAUUGUGCUUCUUAAUUCAUGUAAAAAGCCUUUAAAGAAAUAUUCCCUUUUAGUGCAUUUUUGUUUAACAUUAAUUUGUUAAUUAUGUGGAUAUUUAUAGAAAUAAUAAAGAAUUAAACACAGAUUUUAUGCACAUGUUAAAAAAGUGCCUUAAUAAUAUAUUGUUUCUUUAACUUUUCGAUGUUCACAGUUUUUUGUAUGCACAUAUAGAAGGAUUGAUUAUGCCCAUGAUGGAUAAGAGUGUCAAUGGGUUAAUCAUGAAGUUGUUCCUACAUUAGGGGUAUAUAUCCAUAUGUACAUAGAGUAUAAUAUACCAAAAGUGAAAUGGCUUGUAUGUAAAAAGAUAAUUCAAUAAUUGUAUUGUUUAUUUCCUGCAUAUGUAAGUCAACUGAUAUGUUAAUUACAACAAAAUUUUCAAAUUUUGAUAUAUUUUAUCAAAAAAGUGAACACUUGUAGUUUAUGCAUCGUAAUUCACAAGCAAAUAUUCAUCUUGUAAUACCUAUAUAUAUACAUAUAUAUUAAUAAAUAACUAACAUUAUUUAA